UGGCAAUCUUAUAUACCCGUUCUUCCUAGUCUUUGAUCAAGCUGCUCAACCUCUUGGCCCUUGCCAAGACCUUGAUCACCUUGAUCACUUUGUUCACGUGGUGCUGGAUCACGUGACUGGUCCUUGGGUGUCAUCGAGCCCUCUGGCCACGAUCUCCAACUUCCGUCCCAAGUACUUGACGCCUUCUUUGUCCUCAUAGGUUCUGGUAUCGUAACAAUAAGUUCUAUCCUAUUAUUAACUAUAGUUAAAGUAGAAGUAAGAAGUUAAGAAUAUAAUAUUACUAAGCUAUAUAAGUACUAUUUGUAAUGGGCUGGUGCCCAGGAGAUAUACCCUGGAUGAGAUCCAGUGUAGUAAUCGCGAUAAAGCGCCGUGAGAACAACUAAGCAUUUUGCGGGGAAGUAUGGGAUUUCUGCGGAGUCGUUCAUAGCGUCCCACCUUCAAAGGUCGCCAAUGGCCUUGAGUCCAUGUGGCCCAGACCAGAGUGGUUCCCUGAAGCAAGAUUGAACUACACUGAGAAUGUCCUUGCAACUGGUUUGGCGUCUUCUCCGAACGCGAUUGCGAUCUCGGCUUGCCGCGAAGGUGGAACAGAUUGGCGACACCUAUCCUGGAAGGACCUACGACAAAGUGUGGAGGAGUGUGCAAGCGGUCUGAGAAACUUGGGAGUCAGAAAAGGUGACCGGGUCGCAGUUGUCAUGACAAACUGCAUAGAGGCAGUUGUGAUUCUCCUCGCUGCUGGUUCCUUGGGAGCUAUCUUUUCAUCGACUGCUCCAGACAUGGGACGACAAGGGAUCGUUGAACGAUUUUUACAGAUAAAGCCAAAGUUGAUCUUCAUGGAAUCAAAGGUAUUAUAUGCCGCAAAGCAUAUCGACCUUCGAUCUGUGUAUAGUCAGGCUAUCGCAGAGCUGAGGGAGAAGGUUCCAGAACUCUCGAAGACCGUUGUUAUCAAUGGCCCGACCUGGGAUAUUACCGACGUAAUCUCAUGGGCGGCAUUUCUGAAUUGUAGAGUUGUGCCCUUGACCUUUGAGCAGGUAUCAUUCAAUCACCCAAUCUAUAUCCUAUAUUCUUCUGGUACUACCGGCGCUCCAAAAUGUAUCGUCCAUGCCGGUGGCGCAGCAUUACUUCAACAUAAGAAGGAGCAAAUGCUACACAGCAAUAUGACCAUUGGGUCCGUGUACUAUGGCUAUACAACUACUGGUUGGAUGAUGUGGAACUACUUGGUAUCGGCUCUUGCACUUGGUACGCGAAUCGUGCUUUAUGACGGCAGUCCCCUUCAUCCGUCUCCGACAAGUCAAUUAGAUAUUGUAGAUGAGCAAGGGGUCACACAUUGGGGGACAAGCCCGAAGUAUUUAGCUGCCCUGAAACAGCGCCUCACGACGAUCAUUCCGAAACUAGACACCCUUCUUUAUUGCACUGUCUCAGGGUCGCCUUUAUCUUCAGAGAUCUGCGAUUGGUUCUACAAGACAUUUCCUUCCCGAAUCGGUCUCUUCAGCGGCUCAGGCGGAACUGAUAUUGUAGGCGGUAUUGUUGGAGCGAACGUGAUUACCGCUGUACACAACGGCGAAUUAGCAGCCGCAUCUCUAGGGAUGAAGGUUGAAAUAUGGGAUCACGAGGGACACAACAUCGAAGAUAGCGGAGAAAAGGGUGAUUUAGUCAUCACAAAGCCAUUCUUCACAAUGCCAGUCUCCUUUUGGGGCAAAAGUGGCGAAGAGAAAUACCGGGAGGCCUAUUUCGAUCAGUAUCCUGAACGGAGAGUCUGGUGCUAUGAGAUUCUCGGGCGAAGUGAUGGUGUGUUGAACCCUGGAGGUGUUCGAUUUGGGACGGCUGAGAUUUACGGCAUACUCGACCAUUUUGCUGAAGUGGAAGACUGCAUCGCAGUCGGUCAACGUCGCAAAACGGACCCAGACGAGCAAGUUCUCCUCUUCCUCAAGCUUAAAGACAGCUUGAAACUCGAUAAAUCCCUGAAACAGCGGAUCUGCAAUGCCAUACGGCGGGAUUUGAGCGCGAGGCAUGUUCCGCAGCAUAUACGACAGGUUGCUGAUAUACCGUAUACUCGCAACGGAAAAAAGAUUGAGAACAUGGUAAAGGCUAUUGUCAGUGGUCAGGCACUGAAGGUUGGACAGAGCGCUGCAAAUCCUGAGUGUUUGGAUGAAUAUAAACAGUUCACGAAUCUUCCUUUCGGGGCUGCUGCGGGGUCGAAGCUGUAG